GUCUCCAUGCUACAGAUCCAUUCACAGCUGAAGCCCGGUUUGUAUUACAUUUUUGCUGCCAGCCUUGUAUUAUCUCUGUAAUACUUGUGUCAUGCAUUACCAUUUUUCCAUCUCUCUCCCUUUCUUCAUCUUCCUGCUAUUUGAUAAUAUGCCAGAAACUGGGGAUUCUUUGAGUUUUGUUCAGAAGAGCAGUCAAAAUGAACAAACUGACUCUGUCAUGUGCAGAAGCAGUUCAUGAUUAAGUAUAAAGCAUUGUUUGCUCACUUCUUUGAUACCAGCAGUCUUUAUAGUAAACUGAUUUUCUUUUGAUCCUUCGUUCGCUGUUAAGCAAUUCAGUCCAUACAGUACCAGAGUGAUCAGUGUUUGCACUUGAUCUUCGCUCUUGUUAAACAGUAACUCAUUCUCCAGUGGUAAGAUUGGUAGCAUGAAGUCGAUUGGCGCCGUUACAGAGGGACGUAAUUAUUGGUAAAUGUUGUGUUUGAUUAUUGCUUAUUAGGGAGCAUUUAUGACUCACUUACAAUAACACUCCGUUGGCUUUGCUCUAAAACUGACUAUGGGUUUAAUUUAUCUCUCCCCUGAUGCCAGUGCUGUUAAACUGAGUAGAAGGCUUGUGUUGGAAAUCAGCAGCAGGUCCAUUAAAAGCCUGCUGUUCUGCAGGUGGUGCUCAGCCUGUGAGAUAUAAUUACAAUUAGCUGCUGAUUAAUUGAUUGACUGAUUACACCCAUACUAUUUGUUUUUAACACCAUGUUAUAAUGCUAUCAUAAGAGGAUGUGGAGGGUUGUUGCUCAUGUGCUCAGAAAUGUCAGCGUGUACAUGCGCAAAUGCUCCGGGCAGACAGAUGCACAGUGUCACUUUUAGAAAGACUAGAACCCAGAGUAUAAUCUGCUCUAGGUCCUAUUCAAAGAGAGAUAAAGCGAUAGAGUAGGAGUAAAACGAUACAGAACGUGAAAGGCUACAAGGUGCGAAAUUCUCAGCUUCAGGAAGGCUGACUCAUUUUGGACAGGAGAUGGUGAGGGACAGCCGAGUAGACUCUGGUGUGAUAUGAGCUACUGAGUAGAAAUAAAAACACCAGCCAAACCUUAAGGCUACUUCUCUCACACUAAGAGUUUUGUAUCUGAGAGAGAUGAAGCAGUCUUUGUCUUGGGAGAUCAUAAUCUCCUCCAGGGCCUGUCUGCGAAUGCUCACUAUCUGCAUCCCAUCCAAAAGUGGGCUGUCGGGAAAUACUGGAAAGGAAAGAGGUCGGAUCGACCGGCUGGAAAUAACUGGCCUGGGCCAGGCACCCCUGUCUGUUUCAUGUGGGGCAGACAGUUCGUUCCAGGGGGGUGAGGAUAUCACCCCAGACCCUCACCGCACCAAGCAGGCCAUCGCCCAGCUGCAACAGAAAAUCCUCAAGCUCACAGAGCAGAUUAAGAUCGAGCAGACAGCCAGGGAUGACAAUGUUGCUGAAUACCUCAAACUGGCCAACAACGCCGACAAACAGCAAAGCACACGCAUCAAACAGGUUUUUGAGAAAAAGAACCAGAAGUCGGCACAGACCAUCCAGCAGCUGCAAAGGAAACUGGAGCACUACCACCGGAGGCUGCGAGAAGCAGAACACAACGGUAUCCCACGCCAGCCCAAGGAUGUUCUGCGGGACAUGCAGCAGGGCCUGAAGGAUGUCGGAGCCAAAGUCACAGGCUUCAGCGAGGGCGUGGUGGAUAGUGUUAAGGGUGGCCUCUCCAGCUUCUCACAGGCUACCCACUCUGCUGCUGGUGCAGUCGUCUCCAAACCACGAGGGAUCGCCUCCCUUAUUCGCAACAAAUUCGGGAGCGCUGAUAACAUCCCUUCACUUAAAGACUCUCUGGAUGACCCUUCAGUAGAAGAAGGUGUGACAAGUACUGGCGGACGUUCCCUGGGAAGCGCUGGGCAUCACUUCCAGUCCAGUCCGAAGUAUGGCAGUGAGGAUGACUGCUCUAGUGCUACGUCAGGCUCAGUGGGGGCUAAUAGCACAACAGGGGCCCCUGGGGGUCCCCCCAGUUCCAAGGGAAACACACUGGAGAGGAGUCAGAGUUCCAGCUUUGACAUGCUGCUGCAGGAGGUGCAGGAGUUGAGAGAUGGCCAGGCAAGGCUAGAGGAGAGCCUGGAAGGUUUGAAGAGCCAUUAUCAAAGAGACUACACAGUUGUUAUGCAAGCACUGCAGGAAGAACGCUUCAGGUGUGAGCGUCUGGAGGAGCAGCUCAACGAUCUCACAGAACUUCACCAGAAUGAGAUCCUCAACCUUAAACAGGAGCUGGCCAGCAUGGAGGAGAAGAUCGCCUACCAGUCCUACGAAAGAGCCAGAGACAUCCAGGAGGCUUUGGAGGCCUGUCAAACCAGGAUCUCUAAGAUGGAGCUCCAGCAGCAGCAACAGCAGGUGGUCCAGUUGGAGGGGUUGGAAAAUGCCACAGCCCGGACCCUCCUGGGAAAACUUAUCAAUGUGCUGCUGGCCCUAAUGGCUGUCCUUCUGGUCUUUGUUUCAACUGUGGCCAACUGUGUGGUCCCUCUGAUGAAGACGCGCUCACGCUCGCUCUCCACCCUCCUCUUCAUCCUCCUGCUGGCCUUCUUGUGGAGAAACUGGGACGCUCUCUCGGGUUAUACGCACCGUGCACUGCAGCCCCCAGGAUGACCAGAUUACAUCCAGCACAUGUUGCUUUGGUGACAACAAGCAAUGUAACUGUAGCUGCAGUCUGCAGUCGGUUCAGCUGAGCACAUUCGGAAGCGGCCUGGAUAAAGAGCAAGCGUCAGAGUGAAGAAGAAAACAUUCACAUUUAGGAAGGACAAGACUGUUUACAUUUUUAAAAUGAACAUUUGUGUUGUUAUCCCUCACAGAAUGCAGUAUUGUACUGUUUUUACCUUUUAGAGUUUAAUCAAUUAUAAUGUUAUUUCUAAUAAUAUUAUUUUAUUUUCAAUGUUAUUUUAUUCAGUACCAUGUAGCAUUACACUCCUCUCACUCUACACAAAGGGGAGUUUAGUCAGGAAACUGGGCUGGAGAGCUGCCACAAAUUGUAGAGACAUGCAAAUGUGAGAAUGUGGUUGAUUGCAUUUAGGAAGAGAACUUUUACUUAGCUGUGAUUAGUAGUUUUGAACCAUGGCUGAAAAACCUUCCUGGAAGUUUCACCUUUCUUGCUGUGAUGAAAUUUGUUCAGAUAGAACAUUUUGAAGGAAUGAGCGUCAUGCUGACUUACAAUUUCUAAUGGCAAAGAUCGCAUUUACUUUUUUAAAGUUAAAAAAGAACAUGUUGAAAAUAGGGAAGAUAAUGAAUGGCACAAAGACUCUAGAGGGGAAAACUGAGAUGGUGUGCCCACCAUAAAAACAGCACACGAAUACUACAGAGAACAUCUGGCUGCUGUCUAGCGCCUGCCAUAUUUGUAACUUGUAUACAGUGCUGCACGUUGUCAUUAAGACAAUUACUUCAAAGCAGAUUUACUUUUAAAAGCGAUGAUAAAGGGCUGUUGUCCAAGUAAAAUUAGGUUGCCAGGACAAUUGGCCUCCCACCCCACCAUUAUGAUGUGAUCAAGUUAAGAAAGAAAGGGAGACCACUGGUGCUUUUCCAGCUCUGUCUCAGAACCAUCGUGAAUGCUGCUGCUUCAUAUCUACAGUGCAAGUCAUCUCCACUGCCAUGCCAGUCAAAUGCACAUUGCCUGUAUGUGACUUUAUACUACUGACACAGUCUCCCUGCGUAUUAUCUUUUCUUUCUUUCUUUCUUUUUUUUUUUUUAAAUGCACGCACCGUAUCUCUAUCUCAAGGUGUUAUCACCCAGUGCCAAACUGAAGUUAGCCCAGGGAUGCCUAAGCACCCAAAAGGUCCAAGCAGCAGCUGUGGCUUCUUUCCAGAUAUGUCAUGAAUGUCUUGCCAGAAUGUCUUUGGAAGAUGCAACUUUUGUAAGGGGGAAAGUAAUUCGCAAUCUGAACAUGACCUUGCCUCCAGAUGCUCAGUAGUGUGUUUCUACACAUUUUGCUUCCAUGAGUACAGCUCCUUGGCUUGGCAUUCGGCCUCUCUUUUACUCACUCACUUUCUAACCUAGUCAAGGACACUACAAGAUGACCUAGCACGUUAACUAGUCUGCACUGUAUUUAAUGCCAAGAAGCUGAUUUCCUAACAGACAUUGUGAUCAUUUGAACUGUACAGCUGCACUUUAGCACACUGAUAGAUAGCAUGUAGGUCAGGCCUUUGAUAGAGACUACAAAGGUUGACACUCUCUGAGAAGAGAAGCGCUGAUGCAGGUUGAAACUGCUGACAUGCUUUUCUACAGGAAAUAAAAAAACAAGGAAAUUCAGUGCAUUUUUUUGUCAAAAUGUGAGUAAACUUGAUUCCUCUCAAGUUGAACCGCAGUAGGCAGAUUUAUUGAUCUGUCAGUGAUGCGUAAUCAAAGGUACAAUAGUCAAGUUGGGAGUGAGCUGACCUUUGACUUUAGCUUGUCCUUGCAGCAGCACCUCUGAUCUUGGGUUGUGUGCUAAACCACUUCAGUGCCUUCUGAUGUCCUUUUCUAAGUGUGGAAUAAAUAAAGUGCAUUCCUGACUAAUUCA